CCUCAUUAGAAGACAAUUGUUUUGGGGUUGAACGCGCCGGAGUCCACCCCCGCUUCCAGGGCAGAGUUGGUUUGAUCCUACAUGGCGGAAACUUCCCGUCCGUGGUGACCAGAGUGUGUGCCUGACUCAAAGAGGAGAGGCGAAGAGUGUCAGCAUGACGGACAUGGACGCUGAGACCGGCGGCCACACGGAGCCCAUGGCUGGAGAAGAGGAGCCUUUUUUCAGCAGCCUGGACCUCGUCCUCUUCUCCGUGUGCAUCGGCAUCUUCGUCUACUGGUUCAUGUCUCGCAAGAAGCCAGAGCCCAUCCCCGAAUUCAAGAAGCUCGACACACCAGCACCCACCGCAAGAGAGACCAGUUUUAUCGAGAAGAUGAAGAAAACAGGCAAGAACAUCGUCGUGUUCUACGGCUCCCAGACGGGCACAGGGGAGGAGUUCGCCAACCGACUGUCCAAAGACGCUCAGCGCUACGGCAUGAAGGGAAUGGCCGCCGAUCCAGAGGAGUAUGAGAUGGGAGAGCUGGCCCGUCUCGCCGAAGUUAAAAACUCCCUCGCCAUAUUUUGCAUGGCCACCUACGGCGAAGGAGACCCGACGGACAACGCCCAGGACUUCUACGACUGGCUGCAGGAAAAUGAUGACGAGGAUCUCUCCGGACUAACCUACACAGUGUUUGCUUUGGGCAACAAGACGUACGAACACUACAACGCGAUGGGAAAAUACGUUGACAAGAGGCUGGCAGAACUCGGCGCUAAGCGCAUCUUCGACCUGGGCCUGGGAGACGAUGAUGGCAAUCUGGAGGAGGACUUUGUUUCGUGGAGGGAGCAGUUCUGGCCGGCCGUCUGUGAGCACUUUGGAGUCGAAGCCUUAGGAGAUGAUUCAAGCAUCCGUCAGUACGAGCUGAAGGAGCACACCGACAUCAACAUGAACAAAGUGUACACAGGAGAGAUCGGGCGCCUCAAGAGCUUCGAGGUGCAAAAGCCGCCCUUCGAUUCGAAAAAUCCAUUCCUGGCGCCGGUCACAGUCAACCGCAGACUGAACAAAGCCGGCGAUAGACAUCUCAUGCACCUGGAACUAGACAUAACGGGCUCCAAGAUCAGAUACGAGUCGGGAGAUCACGUUGCCGUCUUCCCCACAAAUGACUCUGCAUUGGUGAACAAGCUGGGACAAGUCCUUGGAGUGGACCUUGAUGCGGUUAUCUCCCUUAACAACCUUGAUGAGGAGUCCAACAAAAAGCACCCUUUCCCCUGCCCGACCUCCUACCGCACCGCCCUGACCCACUACCUGGACAUCACCAACUCCCCUCGCACCAACGUCCUCUACGAGCUGGCCCAGUACGCCUCCGACCCCAAAGACCAGGAGAACAUGCGCAAGAUGGCCUCUUCCUCACCCGAGGGCAAGGCUCUCUACCACAGUUGGGUGCUGGGCGCCAGCAGAAACAUCCUGGCUAUCCUGGAGGAUAUGCCCUCCCUGAGGCCUCCGGUGGACCACCUGUGCGAGUUGCUGCCUCGUCUCCAGGCCCGCUAUUACUCCAUCGCCUCCUCCUCGAAGGUUCACCCCAACAGCAUCCACGUCUGCGCCGUGGUGGUGGAGUACGAGACCCCGACCGGCCGCACCAACAAGGGGGUCGCCACCAACUGGCUGAAGAACAAACUGGUCUCUGACAACGGCCACAAGUCCACCGUUCCCAUGUUCAUCCGCAAGUCCCAGUUCCGCCUGCCCUUCAAAGCCACCAACCCGGUGAUCAUGAUCGGCCCCGGCACGGGAAUCGCCCCCUUCAUGGGCUUCAUCCAGGAGAGAGCCUGGCUCAAACAACAAGGAAAGGAUGUUGGAGAGACGGUGAUGUAUUUCGGCUGCAGACACAAGAACGAGGAUUACAUCUACCAGGAGGAGCUGGAGGACGCAGAGAAGAAUGGAGUUCUGACACAGCUCAACGUGGCCUUCUCCAGAGACCAGGAGCAAAAGUUGUACGUACAGCAUCUCCUGAAGACCAACAAGGAGCACGUCUGGAAGCUGAUCCACUCUGAAAAUGCGCACAUCUACGUCUGCGGCGAUGCAAAGAAGAUGGCCCAUGAUGUGCAGACGGCCCUUUACGAGAUAGGAGAGGAACUUGGAGGCCUGACGCGCACACAGGCCACCGAUUACAUCAAGAAACUGAUGACCAAGGGACGCUACUCGCAAGACGUCUGGAGUUAAGAGCUGUAGACCCAGCCACAGACUCAUCUCAAAGUGGGGCUUUUAAAUGUUAUUUUUGUGCAUUGUGUUUUAUCAGGACUAAAUAUAAAAAACAUUACACACGCGUUCGUCUCCCUGGUUCACGAGAGCUACAGGUAGCAGAAGAGCUUAAGGCAAACACUACCUCAGCAUGUUUUGUUGAUAAAACCCACUCAGCAAAUUUCAAUCGGUAUUUGGUAACGGUACUGCGCUGUGUGUCUGGACCACCGUGCGCUGCAGACUCCACGAGAGCCGUCGUGUUGCACCCAACAGCGGUUUCCCCCCUCCCCCCGUCUGCAGCAGAGAGUCGUCCUCAUUUCAGAUUUUAUUUUCUUAUUAAAUUCCGUUUUUGUAUCAGUGAGUCAAUUAAGCAGCUUCGUAGCUUCACCAGCAGCUGAUGACAACUCGGCGGGAAACGGGGGGCUCGCUGCGACCCAACUGUGGAUCCACGCAACAUGAUUCCACUGAGAACAUAACGAUGUACACUGAACAUGUAGAAAUCUCUUUUAGUUUGUCAUCUUGCGAUAUUUGUAACUUCCUUCUAAUUGAUUACCAAUUAUAGAGGUAGGAAAUAAUAUUGUAUCAUGCAAAUGUCUUAGUGAAUAUGCAGAGUAUUGUGUUUCCUGGGGCAGUGGGAAGAGUGCCCACUUCAGUCUCUCAGGAGAUCUAGUAAUAUUUCAGACAUAAAUCUUCCAGACAACAUGUAUGAAUUGAAAUAUAACAAGUAUGCAUUUAUCUUUUGAAAAGAGAUGUUGCCUGUUAUGCAUACGUUUGUGUUGAUUUCAUCAGGAGCUGUAACCUUUUUGAGGCACAAACAGUGAUGCAAAGUGGAAGAUCAUUUUACAGAUAAAUCAAUGUGAUUAUGUUUGUAUUUUUUCCCUAAAUAGUUGGCAUUUAAACAUGAUGAAAAUGAAUGUCAGUACCAUGUACGAUUUGUUAAAUUUGAUAUAUUGUGCUUCAAACCACAUCUAGCCUCUCAAAUGUUGGCUAUUUAUUUGAUAUGCAGAGGAGCAUGUAAGGAGAUUGUAUUGUGGCCGCAACACAUGACAACCACCUCUGCUCCACUGUUAUCUGUAUUUAGUUUAUUUUGUCACAUAUGCGCCACUACGUGAAGAUCACCCGACACAUCAAUACCACUAGAUGUGUCUCUUUGAAUCUGGCGGUCAGUCCUUUUGUGAAUAUGGAAAGUUUGAGGAAUACAGCCAACCAGCUGAAGUGCACCCUGUGCCUUUUUACCAUUGCCUUAUCUAUUUAGGUAUCAAUUAAAUCCUGAUGCUUCGCCGUGUAACAAAGUUUUUUAUUUUAUUUUGUGCUUACAUUGUUAAAGUCGGCUGUCAUUCUUAACAAUGUAAUUUCAACAUAUCAAGGCAUGCAUUUUUUAAUGAAUAAAAUUUGAAUAAUU